UGCGGCCGUCGGGGAGCGGGAAGCCGCGCCCAGGUGAUUGGCGGCUGCUGGGCAGGCAGGUUCCGGGGCGGCCCGGCCCGGCCGUCGCCGUGCGAGUUUUCCCGCGCACAGGUCAUCAGGUAGAGCUAGGUAGAGGCGGGCAGCGCAGCACAGAGCAGCCGUCUCGGUUCUCCCCGCGGACAGCAGUCGUUUCGGUUUCGGUGAGGGCGCGCUGCCUGAAGAGGAACUCGUCUGAGAGCAGAGGCGGGAAAUCUAUCCCCGUGGUGCCGCGUUAGCACGGAUUGGAAGCCAUGAACGGGGCCGGUGGCAGAGGGGAGCGCGGCAGGCGCAGGGCGCGGCCCACAGCUCCGCGGGGACGGGGGACAGCGAGGGCCGCAGCCCGCAGCCCAUCACAGGCCCGCAGCGCAGGCGGCAGCAGCCCGGCUGGCGCCGCGACCCUCCAGGCGCCGCAGAGGGGCAGAGACACUGUCAGGGGCAGAGACACUGUCAGGAGCAGCCGCCCGGCGCGGCGAGUUUCCACCAUCAGAAGUCCGCCGACAGACCCGGCAACGAGCGGUGGAAGGGCGCCUGCGGCUCCCCGGGGCAGGGCGCCUGCGGCUCCCCGGGGCAGGGCACCUGCCACCAGAGCCCCGACGGCGCAGAGGCGAGCGGCGAUGCCCGAUGGGGCGGCCGCUACCUCUGCAACCGUUCCCCGCUCGCUGUCGGCAGCUGGAGCCCUAGGCCUCCGGAAGGUGUUGCAGCGGCUCGCCCUGGGCCGCCAAGACGUGUCCGAAGCGUCACGGUUGGUGAAUCAGCUCACCCCGAAGCUAACCGAAGCCAUUCGCAGGCAGGGCGGCAUCUUCAGCUUCAUCGAGCAAAAGAACGCCGGCAGCUACUAUGAGCGCGUCAAGGUAUCUGAACCAAAUGAGUUUGACAUCAUGUUUGUGAUACCUGUGCCACUUGGAGUGAGACUUCAGCUGGACCAAAGUGAUGACACUGGAGCCUACUACUACCUAAGUUUAAAAAGAAAUCCAAAAGAAAAGUAUCUGUCCAAGUAUUUAGAUGAAGAUCAAAAAUUAUCAGCCUCCAAAAUGCUUGAUGAACUAAGGGAUAUUAUUAAACGAGAAGUUAGCAGCAUUCCAGAUGUAACUGUGAAAAGGAAGAGGCCUGGAAGCCCUGCAAUAACUCUCCUGAUCACAAAUCCACCAUCAGAAAUCUCGGUGGACAUCAUCUUGACUCUGAGAGUUCAGCAGAGUUGGCCGUCCAGCACACAGGGUGGCCUCAAAAUUGAGAAUUGGCUGGGAGGAAAAGUCAAGAAAGAUUACAGAAAAGAACCACUUUAUUUAGUAGCCAAACAAAACAAAAAAGAAAAGGUUCUAAAAGGAAACACUUGGCGACUCUCUUUCUCCCACCUUGAGAAGCGGAUGAUGAACAACCAUGGCAACACAAGGACCUGUUGUGAAGCUAAUGGAGAAAAGUGCUGCAGGAAAGCUUGUCUUAAGCUUCUGAAGUAUCUUCUAGAGAGACUUAAAAUGAAAUAUCCAAAAAAGCUGGAAAAAAUCUGUUCUUACCAUAUCAAAACUGCUUUUUUCCACUCGUGUGUCACAUGGCCCAAUGACACAAGCUGGCCCAUGGGAGACCUGGAGCAGUGCUUUCAGAGGUUCCUGAAAAAAUUCCUGGAUUUCUUGCAAAAGUCUCACCUGCCACACUUUUUUAUUCCCCAAUACAACUUGCUUGGCCCAGAGGAUAAAGCAAGCAGCAACUUCCUUUCAAGUCAAAUACACUACGAAUGGAACAAUGGAUUCCCAAUAUUUCAGGAGACAUCUUAAAAAUGUUUACAGGAGCUCUCUAGACCUGCAGGUCUGCUUAUUUAAAACCAGAACUUCUGCAUCUUAAGUUAUUCCUCAGCAGUCUGAUGCUGCAGAAUGGAAAAAAGAAUAAAAUCAAGAACAGUAAGACAAAGCUGCAUAAAGAGGAAAGUUUACUGAGAAGGGAGGCUCCUGCUUGGGUCUCUUGCUGCUCUUCCUGCUGUUCCUCAUGCCUGGAGGGGUUGGCUCCCCACCACCCUGCUGCUCCUGAGGACUGCUUUUCCUUUUACUGUGACUGCUUUACAAUUGCUGGCUCAGGUACAACUUUGCUUAUUUAUAUUUGCAUUGGUCUUAUUUUCUUCUAUAUUAAGUAUAUUUCCUGGUACUAAUGUGGUGCAGGUGGUAAGUACAUGGCAUUUGGGAAGUGCUGUGCUGGAACUAAAUACACCUUUUGCUUUUUCUUAAAGCAGCCAUGGGAAGUUUGUAUUUUUAGUCUACAGUUUGAAGGCAAAAUAACCUCCAAACUUAAAUAAUUCCAAGAUUUCCCCUCAAUUUGUGAGCAAAGAGGGAAGGCCAGAACAAGAUGCAGAGAAUACUUUUUACUGAAGUAUUCUCACCUCACUAGAUUCAGUUUAUUGUUUUGGCAUUUUGUUGUGUGACAGAUGAGUAAACCCAAGCUCUGACCAAACAGCAAAUGAAAGAACAAUUCCUUCCCAGAUGGCUUCCAGAGAGUGAAAACAUAUCCCAUUAUCAUUAGAAAUACACGUGACAGAUCCUGGCAUCCAGACUUAAAUCAACUUUCACAGAAAGAAACAAAAACAGAUCUUCAGAUGUAUUUUUUCUUUAUGAUUUUGUGAACAUCACUCUAGCAAACUCUCUUUUACUUUCUUAGGCUAGAAAAUGGCAUUUAGAAGAACAAGAGUAGAAACUGGUGGUUUUUUUCCCCCCCUCAGUUCAGCUUUAAAAAAAACCACAACAAACCAACCAAAAACAAACACCAGGAGUCAAAAGCAAACAAAAC